GAAAGUAAUGAUUCCACAGUGCACAAUGUGGAAAUUAAGCAUACUAUUAAUUUUGAACUUAUAUGGGCUAGUAAGUGUGUGUAUAGGGGAGUCAGUAACAAAAGAACAAUCGUGUUCAGAUCUCGGUAUACCACAAUUUGAGAGUUUUGACUUUAAUGAGUUUGCUGGAACGUGGUAUGAACUUGGUAGAUACCCGCAGGCAACACAAAAUGGUCAGUGUAACCGUGUCGAAUACAGGGCACCGGAUAUAAAUGGUGAAAUAUCAGUAGUGUACAAGCAAAUUGUAAAUGAAAGAUGGACUUCGGUAUCCGGAUCAGCCACAGCCGACAGCACUGGACAAAUUACGGUUACAUUCACUGUCGACGGCCAACCGAGACAGUCAAUUCUUCGAGUUUUGACUUUCACUCAACAUUAUGCAGUGUUGUUCAGCUGCAGUGAUCUGCCAAACGGAGGAAGUCAAUUGGGCAGUUGGAAAAUGAGCAGGACGCCUUCUUUAGAACCGCAAUAUGAAAAUGAAAUGAAUGAGUUCAUCGCCAACAUUUCUGUUCUUGAACCUAGCAAAUAUGAACAUACAUCCCAAACAUAUGCACAUCUAGCAAAUGUGUUUCUCUAUGGAUAUUGUAACACCACCAGUAUCAGAGGCGUUGACAACUUCAACGUGUUUGAUUAUUUGGGAGAAUGGAUAGAAGUCUCUAGAUACCCACAGACAGCACAUACUGGUCAGUGUAACCGUGCUAGAUACACUGCUGGGGUACUUCCUGGUGGCGUUAUCUCAGUAACAAACCGACAAGUUAUUGACGGAAAACUGCAAACGAUAUCAGGACAGGCUGUUGUUAGCAACGAUGGAACCGGAAAAUUGCAAGUUACUAUCAACAACAACACCGUGGACUAUUACGUCCUUGCGACCGACUAUAAUGGAUAUGCUCUUGUAUACAGCUGCGAAAAUGUAGAAAACGGAUUACGACGAGUCAGUAGUUGGCAGCUUAGCAGAACAGGACUACUGAGCCAAGAGAACCGUGAAGAGAUGAGUAAAAUCUUUGAGUUGUACAAUUCUGAAGGUCUAGAUGAAAUUAACUACCAGCUCACAAGUCAUGAUGCAGACGACUGUUAUUACUACCCCGAUUUUGAUGAAACAUGGGAAUACGUCGAGCUUCCUGGAGCUUGCGACGAUAGAAUUAAAGGAAUGGAGAAAAUUGAUUUGGAAAGAUACACGGGGGAGUGGAUAGAACUCGAUAGAUACCCACAUCCAACACAAACUGGUCAUUGUAACCGUGCUACGUACGAGUUACUUAAUAAUCACACCCUCUCCGUAACCAACCGCCAAGUUGUGAACCAAAGACUUGUAACGAUAUCAGGACAAGCAGUUCUUGCCAGCGGAGAUGCAAGUGGAAAGCUCCAAGUUACAUACAAUGUCAAUGGCGAGAACAGAGAGUCAGAUUAUUACAUCCUUGCGACCAACUACGAAAGUUAUGCUCUUGUAUACACGUGCGAUACUUUACAAAAUGGAAACAGACGAGUCGGCAGUUGGGUGCUUAGCAAAACAGGACCACUGAGCCCAGAGGACCAAUCUGAGAUUGAUGCAGUCGUAAGCAGGACCCCAGGUCUCCAUAAAGAUUACUAUCAGCUUACAAGCCAAGAACCCGACGAUUGUUUCUAUUAUCCAGAGUUUGAUCCAACAUGGGACUACGUCGAGCUGCCUGGAAUUUGCGACCACAGCAUUAAAGGGAUUCCGGGGUUCGAGGCGGAUAAAUAUAUGGGUGAAUGGAUAGAACUCUCUAAAUACCCGCAACCAACACAAACUGGUCAGUGUAACCGUGUUAAAUAUGAGCUAUCAGAAAGUCCUAAUGGCGAAAUACCCGUAUUGAACAGCCAAGUUGUUAAUGAAGGACUAGCAACGAUAUCAGGACUGGCUGUUGCCAGCGUUGAUGGAACAGGAAAGUUGAAAGUUACUUACAAUAAUGUAAACGGAACAUCAGAAUAUUACAUUCUCGCAGUCGACUAUGAUGAAUAUGCUCUUGUGUACAGCUGCCUUAAUGCCGGAAACGGAAAACGACGAGUCGGCAGUUGGGUGUUUAGUAGAACAGGGACUCUGAGUGCAGCGGCCACUAAUGCAAUUGAUCAAGUCAUAAACCAAACACAAGGUCUGCUUAAAGAGUAUUACCUACCCACAAACCAAAGUUUUGCAUCGUGCUUCUACUAUCCAAAGUUUGAUGAACCACAGCAAUUCAUCGAACUGCCUGGCCCCUGUAAUACUAGCAUUAGAGGUAUUCCGGACUUCAAUACCACUGCAUAUGAAGGCACGUGGAUAGAAACCGCUAGAUAUCCACAGCUGUGGCAAGUUGGACAGUGUAACCGUGCAACUUAUACCCCGAUUGAGGGAGGCGGUCUUUCUGUGACACACAGCCAAAUUACAAAUGGAGAAUUGACCAAGAUACAAGGAAUAGCCAUUGUCGCACGCGAUGACGGAACUUGGCAGUUGGAAGUUGCUUUAAGUGACAAUAACGAAAUCAGGCGAUCCAACUACUACGUACUGGCAACAGACUACCUCAAUUAUGCACUUGUCUAUAGCUGCGCCAAUAUAGACAACGGAAACAAACGACGAGUUGGCAGCUGGAAACUAAGUAGAACCGGAACACUGAGUGCCGAAGACAAUGCUGCUAUUGAUGCAGUGGUUAGCAGAACUCAAGGUCUCCUCGAAGACUAUUACCAAACCACGGAUCAGAAUGUUGAAAUGUGUUUCCAAUAUCCUGACAUUGCUCAAAAUGAUGAUAUUAUAAUACCUGGCCAAUGUGACCAAACCAUUUCUGGAGUUCCGUCCUUCGACGUAAAUCAGUUCCAAGGAAACUGGAACCAGAUCAAAAGAUACGACCCUGUUACAACUAUUUGUGUUGGCACGAGAUUUACACCAGAAUCCGACAGCAUCAACGUUAUUUCAUACGAAGUGGUCAAUGGAGAAUUCUCGCUUACGGGAAGAACAGGCAGAAUCAAUUCUACUGAAAGCUCCGGUCAAAUAACUUUAAGCAUGCCAGUUGUGGGCUCAGAAGAAAGUGCUGAUACCAUAGUCUAUAUCCUGGCUACAGACUACACCAGUUACGCGUUAGCGUAUAGUUGCAACAACGUAAACGCCUUUCAAAGACAAGUUCGUGCUUGGCAGUUGAGUCGUGAAAGGACUAUGUCACCAGAUGGAGAGGUAGUCAUCGCAGGUCUGAUACAACAAAGACAAGAGCUCCAUGAACCGUAUUUCAAAACAGUUGAACAACAUGAUAUUUGUCCAGAACCCAGUUCAGCGUUUUUAUUCAAAAGCAGUAUUGUUUUUCUCUAUGUAUGCGCCAUAUUUCAAUUAUUGUUGUAAAUAAAUUUUAUAAAAUUAUAUUUUGGUCUA